AUGGUGGCACCCCAUGGUCAUCAUAGUGACCGUUCUUUUUGCUCUUAUGGACCCGGUCCGAAACGUGGAAAUUCUGGCUUUGGCACAGCUCCAAUCCCCUCGCCCGUCGAUGGCUCCGUCCCCAAGCGUUCCCUAAAGGCAGCAAUUUGCAAUUGGCUGGAUAGUAUGCGCAGGCCUCCUGCCAACGUUGGCCCUGCUGGCGAACGUGGCCCGGCCUAG